UACGGUAAAAUCGAAGGUGGGAAGAGAAAUGGCGGGACCGAUAAAACAGUCGCAGUUAACCCAGAGCCGAAGAAGCAUUGGCCGGAACAGUUUUCUUAGCGAAGUUCCUUUCAUGUUGCAACCACAUACGUCUGCACCGCCGCUCGUCUUUGAAAUCAAUGUCUCAGAACGCUCAUUUUUAGGGCUUAGUUGAGUUGAUCUGCGUGAGCUUGCUCCCUACUCUAAACCUAACCGGCGAUUUCAUCUUGGCCGAACGAAUCUCCACUCGUUUUGGCAGAGUCGGCGGCGGAGACAUUGUCCUCGUGAGUUCCCCUGAGAACCAUCGAAAAGUAAUGGCGAAGCGCUUGAUGGGCAUGGAAGGUGAUUCUGUUACCUAUGUUGUAGACCCGAAGAAUAAUGAUUGGUGUGAAACUGUUGUGGUUCCUAAGGGACAUGUUUGGAUAGAGGGAGAUAAUAUGUAUGAUUCAAAGGAUUCAAGAUAUUUUGGGGCCGUCCCAUAUGGUCUUCUGCAAGGGAAAGUAUUCUGGAGGUUGUGGCCACCUAAAAGUCUUGGACCGUUGGAGAAGAGGAAAUCGAAUGAGACAGUCUUGGGAGGUAAGCUCAAUUGCUCUCCAACCUCAGAUUCUUUGUCAUUUAAGAAUUAUUUAUUCAUUUAUUUAUUUUCAUGACAUCUUCAUUUCAUGCUUCUUGUUGUUUAGGCUAAUAUUUGGACAGCCAGUUUAGAUUCUUGUUCAUUAGAAAUUAUUCUAAUUUUUUGCAUUCUGGACAGAGAAUUCAAGAACUAGCAUUCUUUUUCGUUUAUGACUUUUACUUUGAAAAACUAAGAAAUCAAGAACCAGGAAAGUCCCCCAUGAAACUUCUGAAUAAAUUUCUUCUUUUAAUGGAAACAAAAUCACACGAUUCUUUCCCCUUGGUUGUUGAAAGUCUGAAGUCUUCUCUUCUUUUCUUUUUUCUUUCCUUUGUUUUGCUCUCGUGUUAGAUAAGAGCACUUGAAGGACAUUUCAUAACAUCUAUUUGGUAAACGUUUGUUUCUUCUGUUUCCCUUAGAAGCUAUCCUGUCGUUGUCGUUCAUCCAUGUUGCCUUGCGUCUCUUUACAUUAGUGAUCUAUGAAGAUGUAUUUUAAAAUCCAUCUAUUACCCACUUUAUUCAUUCCGAAUAAGUUUUUCUAGGCGAUGAAUUAAUUUCCCUAUCCAUACAUGGAAUUUAAAAUUAUGUAUACGAUAAUGAAAUAAUAAAAUUAUUAAAAAAAUAAUAAUAAAUUGAAGGAUGGGGGAUGGGACAAAUCUUAUAAUAG